AUGAAAGAAGCUCACGAAGAGGAAAUUGAAAAUAUGCUUCAAAACUUCGCUCCAGCGGAAAGUCCUGAGAAGAACAAUGAUUGCCCAAUCUGCAUGGAAGAAUACGACAGCAAGGAGAACAUCAAGUGCACUUCAAAGGGAUGUGGUCAUCAAAUGUGCUUUUCUUGUUUCGAAGAAAUUCUCGGCAACAAGAAUCCUUCCGCGCGAAAAUGUCCUUUCUGCAACAAAAAAGUCCAGCCAAAUCAGAUCCUGAAACUGUACUAA